AGUUUCCUCUGCUCUUGGCGCAACGUCGCCGUUCGUUCACUUCAGACUAUGGCACGUCCGUAUCUGUGUGCAACGCUGUUGCGUUUGGAGCCCCGCUGCUUUCAAAAGAACUGAGGGAUCCGAAAGUGUCACCAUGGCUGAAUUUGGAGAUAACAAGAGCGCCGUCGGUCCACCGGUUGCUGGCUGGAGAGCUGCGUCAGGAGGAGAGCCGGUGUCAAACGGAAACUGCGGCGUGCCAGACGGCGUGAAGAGGGUCCAAAACGAAUCCAGCUGCGAGUCCCCGACGUGGGAGAGCACGGGUUCCGAUUCAGCCUCCAAACCAAUCCCUCGACGCAGCAGUCUGAUCAAGGAUGGGUCACGUGCUGGUCGGGAAAGGAAGAAGACAGUGUCCUUCAGCAGCAGCCUGUCAGAGAAGAAGAUCAGCAGUGCUGCAGACUGUAUCCACUCAAUGGUUGAGGGGAGUGAGCUGAAGAAAAUCCGAACUAACUCACGUGUUUACCAGCGUUACUACCUACUGGACACAGGACUCCAGGCUCUAUGCUGGGAGCCUUCCAAGAAGGAGUCAGACAAAGCCCGGAUCUCUAUUGCCUCCAUAAGAGAGGUACGGACAGGUCGUAACACAGAAACUUUACGCACCAGUGGAGUUUAUGAGCAGAUUUCAGAGGACUGUGCAUUCUCCAUCAUCUAUGGGGAGAUGUAUGAAAGCUUGGACCUAGUGGCCAACUCUGCUGAAGUCGCUAACAUUUGGGUGACUGGCCUAAGGUAUUUGAUGCAGUAUGGGAAACAUGCCCUCGACAUGCUCGCCAGCAGUCAGGACAGCCUUCGUCUUGUCUGGCUGGAGCAGUUGUUCUCUACUGCUGCUGAUUCGGGGAGACAGGAAGACGUUGACGAAGGGAUCCGCUUGCAGUCAGCCGUUAAGUUGAUACAGAAUGUGAACCCUGGGGUGAGCAGCGGCAAAGUGGAGCACAGGUUUAAAGAGCUUCAAAGAGUUAGGCAGAAGAUGUGUGGGCUUGCUGUAGAUAAUGAAUCUGGAGUCAAAGAUCACAGCGAAAACAAAAGACCAAUACGAAGAAAUGAGCAAGUCACCAAGCAGGAGUUUAUUGAGGUUUUCCAUGACUUUUGCACACGUCCGGAGAUCUACUUUCUGUUGGUGCAGUUCUCUAGCAACAAGGAGGUCCUGGACACCAAAGACCUGAUGAGGUUCCUCGAGGCUGAGCAGGGCAUGGCUCAAGUGUGUGAGGCGACCAGCCUGAAGCUCAUCCAGUCCCACGAGCCAUCGAAGGAGGGUCGGCAGCAGGGAUACCUGUCACUGGAUGGCUUCACCAGCUACCUCACUUCGGCAGAGUGCCACCUCUUCGAUAGAGAGCAUGACACGGUGUGCCAGGAUAUGUCCCAGCCUUUGUCUCACUACUACAUUAACUCCUCCCACAACACCUACCUCAUCGAGGACCAGUUUCGAGGUCCGUCCGACAUCUCCGGCUACAUUCGCGCCCUCAAGAUGGGUUGUCGAUGUGUGGAGGUGGACAUUUGGGAUGGCCCUGAUGAGGAGCCGGUGGUGUGUACUGGACACACCCUCUCCCCACCACUGGUCCUGCGUUGUGUGUUAGAAGCAAUUGAAAGGUUUGCAUUUGUGGCAUCAGAGUAUCCAUUAAUUGUAUGUAUUGAGAACCACUGUUCCCUUCAACAACAGAAAGUGAUGUGGCAACAUCUCGUGAGGAUACUGGGGGAGAAGUUAUACACAGAUCCCCCAGACGAAGGGGGGUCAUACCUACCGUCACCGCAUGCCCUAAGGCAUCGAAUUCUACUAAAGGGUAAAAAGUUGGCGCCAGGUCCUGAUAGGGAGGACGGGGAGGUAAGUGAGGAGGAUGAAGGGGCAGAGAUGUGUCAAAGGAUGAAAGCAGCUAACAGUGUAGGGGCAGCGCCUGGAGGAAAUGAAAAGGACGUGACGCAGAAAAGUGUCCCAUUCACAGCUGUCACUCAGUCUAAUCCUCUUCAUCUUCCUCCCAAACGUUUCCAACUCUUGGAGGAGCUCUCUGACCUAGUAACUCUUUGCCGCUCAGUCUGCUUCAUUGACUUUCCAACAUCAUCCGAAAGCCAAAAACCUUGGGAAAUGUGUUCCUUUCAUGAGUCUCUGGCUGUGCGUCUCGCUGGCGAGAGCCCUGGCGACUUUGUCAAUCACAACAAGCAUUUCCUGUCACGGGUGUACCCCAACCCAAUGCGUAUUGAUUCAAGCAACAUGAACCCUCAGGACCUGUGGAAGUGCGGUUGCCAGAUUGUGUCUAUGAAUUUUCAGACAGCUGGACUGAUGAUGGACCUGAACACAGCCUGGUUCCGGCAGAAUGGGAACUGUGGUUAUGUUCUGCGGCCAGCCAUCAUGCGGCAGGAGGUGUCUUAUUUCAGUGCUGACACAAGAGACACCGUACCUGGUGUAUCUCCACAGCUGCUCCAUGUGAAGGUGAUAAGUGGCCAGAACCUGCCCAAGCCGAGGGGUUCAGGGGCCAAAGGAGAUGUGGUGGACCCCUACGUGUAUGUUGAAAUCCACGGCAUCCCAGCUGACUGCACAGAGCGCCGUACCAGGACAAUAACCCAGAAUGGAGACAACCCCAUCUUCGAUGAGAGCUUUGAGUUUCAGAUCAACCUACCAGAGCUCGCCAUGGUUCGCUUUGUGGUGCUGGAUGACGACUUCAUAGAUGAUGAGUUCAUAGGUCAGUAUACCAUUCCUUUGGAGUGUGUUCAACCGGGCUACCGACAUGUACCACUCCAGUCUCUGACAGGGGAGGAACUUCCCCAUGCCAAGCUCUUUGUCCAUGUGGCCCUUACUAAUCGGAGAGGAGGGGGAAAGCCCCACAAAAGGGGACUGUCUGUGCGGAAGGCCCGCAAGGGGAGGGACUAUACAGCUCUGAGGGACUUGGGGGUUCGGGCUGUGGACGAGGUUUUCAAGAUGGCUGCUCCUCCGCUGAGAGAAGCCACUGACCUGAGGGAAAACAUGCAGAACUCGAUAGCAGUGUUCAGGGAGCUGUGUGGGGUGUCAGCUGUGGCUAACCUCAUGCAGUGCGUUCUAGCUCUGGGCUCCAGGAUGUCAGGACCAGACGGGGCGCCAUUACUACUGUUUGACCUCCGAGACCACUACCCCGCACUGGAGCCCCAGGGGCCCCUGCCCGACGUCCUUCGCCGGGUCAUCUCCACCUAUGAAAUGAUGGUCCAGGCGAGCAGAGCAGUGAUCGAGCUCUCCGAUAGAAUCUACGACAGGAUCCUGCAUAUACAGACAAUGGCCAUGGAGUUUCACGAGAAGCUGCAGAGUCUGGCAGCAAAGGAGGGGCUAAAAGGUCGCAAGGUCAGUCGAGCGCUGGAGAGUUUCAGCUGGAACAUCACUAUCCUUAAGGGUCAGGCUGACCUGCUGAAGCAUGCCAAAGCUGAAGUCCAGGAGAAUAUGAAGCAGGUCCACGAUGCUGCCUUGACUGGAAACCUCACCAAGGAGAGCCUAGGAGUGAGAAGAGUCCGCUCCCAAACACGACGAGGUCAGGAUGACAAACCCACCACGGGUGCUAGAGGACCCUCAGCGUAGCAAGCAAAUGACCCAACAAAUAAAAGACCCCACGACCAAAUUGCCAUCAUAGCUGCUGUGACAAAUCCUUUUCAUUUCGUUAAAAGUGUUCCAACAUCUUACUCCGCCGUAGUGGCAGACUUUCAAAAUGCUGUGAGAGAGCUACAGCAAGUAAUGUGUUAACAGGAAAGAAUAGAAGAGUUGAUGAAUGUAAAAGUCUUCAAAGUGUAGCCACCGUCCACCCACCUGCUGCAGUUAACACUCGAGAGCUGCAGAAGUCAGAGCACUGCUGAGAGGACAAAGAAAAUAAUUGACGCUGGGGAGAUGAAUGUUGUUAGAUUUGAAGCCAAGGCUCAGUUUGUACUGUAUUAAGCUGUAAAUAUAACAAGUGUCUAUUAACCUCUUCUUAUGUGCAAUGUGUCUUGAAGGGGAAGGGGAAAUUUGUUUUUUUUUUUUUCUGGCACAGUCUGGGAUGACUCAAAUCUCAGUAAAAAGAUACUUUUGAAAAACUGCCUCCUCCUUGUUAGUGGCUUGUGCAUCAAAAAGCUACUGUCUAACAAUAUCAAGUAAGGAUUCAGUUAGGGUGUGUUUAAAUGAAACACACUUUCUUGAUUAUUUAAAUGGGAGAUAAGUAGGUAUCAGUAUCUUUUAACAAUAUGUCGCACCAGUACAGCUCCUUUACACCACUCCAGCUUGUUUCCAUUAAGCAUUUGUAAGUCCUGGAUUGCUGCUUUUAAUCCUCCAAACACUGUUGUCUCACAUACAGUAUUCUAUAUUUUUGUAUUUUCCUGAAACCCUUUGUGCUAAUUAAACCACUGUUAACCGCCAUAAUGAUCAACUCCAGACCUGUAGCUGUCUGUCUCUAGAGAAGAAAAACUGUUAAAUUGGAAGUGCUUUGUGUGAAGAACACUGUACAGUAUUUUAAUAUGUAAUCUAUCCUUUUGCUGUAAAGCAUAUUUUACAUAAGUUAUUGAUCCUGAAUGAAAACAUUCCAGAUGGAUGUUAUUGGUGCAGUAGAUGAGGCUCAACCCCGUUCAACACCGUGGCAGUUCAUGAUUACCUUCUUUCAGUCGGGAUGGAAAUAAACUAGUUUUUAAAUCA